GAGAGAGAGAGAGAGAGAGAGAGGCGGCCUCCAUCUCGGUGCAGAAGUGGGUAGAGGACAGUUCUAGUCUUUUAGCUUAACUGCACUAAAACACGUUGAUUUGGUCUCAGUGGAAACUGAAAGGCACCAUCAGCUAAAAGAGGGGGUUUAUCAGGACCGAGGAAAUGUCCAGACUGUUCCGAGCCGUGAUCAUGGGUCCGCCUGGCUCGGGGAAGGGCACCAUCUCGGAGCGGAUCGCCAGAGGUUUCGGCCUGCAACAUCUGUCCAGCGGCGACUUCGUAAGGGAGAACAUCGCUGCCAGCACGGAGGCUGGAAAUUUGGCUAAAACAUACAUAGAGAAGGGUCUACUCGUGCCAGACCAUGUCAUGACCCGCCUGCUGCUUCCCCGACUGGAGGCCAUGACUCGCCACAGCUGGAUCUUGGACGGCUUUCCCCGCACUCUAGCACAGGCUGAAGCUCUGAACAGUACUUGUGAGCUGGAUGUGGUCAUUAGCCUUAACAUCCCCCUGGAGACACUGAAGGAAAGACUGAGUCAUCGCUGGAUACACCCAGCCAGCAGGAGGGUGUACAACAUGUGCUUCAACCCUCCUCGUGUGCAGGGAGUGGACGAUAUCACCGGAGAGCCUCUAAUUCAACAGGAAGACGACAAACCAGAGGCUCUGGUUGCCAGACUGAGGCACUACAAAGAUGUGGCGAAGCCAGUCAUAGACUUAUACAAGGCCAAAGGAAUUCUGCACACGUUCUCAGACACAGACACGGAUCACAUCUGGCCCUACAUCAGCUCUCUCCUGAGUGCCAAGAUUCCAGCUGAUCGAUUGGACGCACAGAGAGCCUCAACCCACUGAAGGAAUUGUUACAUUUUCAAUCACCAGUAUAGGGCUGCUUCAUCUCACAUCACCUGCACCUUCACUUCGCUUCACACCAGCCUUCAAUUCUUAAAGAACAAAGAAAUGAUCAUUAUUGGCUGCUUCUGUCACUCAUUGACUUUCAAAUAGCUUUGGUUGUGAAAAUCAUUGGUCAAGUUUGCACCUCAGCCAGUAACAAAGACCUGGUUAUUAGUUAUGUUUUUGCCUAUUUCCAGGAAGCACAGCCAUAAAUGCUGUUGAUUAAGAGUAAAUGAAUAUUCAGAAAUUUUAAAUGAAAGAAAUCGAGGCUCACUUUCUCAUAUUUACCCAGUGUAGUAUAUAAGUAAAUACAAAGUAAUCAGAUGUAAAUUAUGAAUAUAUGUGACUGCUGUGAAAGGGAAUGUCUAGUAGUUUAACAUCACACUCAGUCCAACAUUCCAAUGACUUGAUUUUGUACCUUUUCUUGAUACUUAAGAUGCACCUAAAGCUUACGCUGCUUUCUUUAUUAUGGUGAAAUUUUCCACAACAAUAUGUGAAUCCUACAGUUACUGAGUGUGUGUACAGAUUUAAAUGAGACUGUAUGUGCAGUCUCUUCAGGAGACUGUGAUAGAGGCAUAAUGUCAGCUGUGAGAAAUGUAAUGGUUGGUCAUUUGGCUCAUGACACUUGGACCAACAGACUUUGAGACAAUGUUACAUGUAAGGAAUGCCUUAAACACUCAUUUGGCAGCACAGCAUAGAACACUGUCUAUUACAAGUGCCACAUGCAGACAAGAAUGACUGAAGUAGCACUUACAAGUGUUUUAAUGUUUUAUUUCUAUUCGUUAGUGUGUCCUAGCCAACAUAUAUGGCAAAUAUAUGUAAAUUUAAGAUAUAUUAUGUCAUUCAAUACCACAUCAUUUUGAUGAAGAUAAACAGUUGUAUGUGAAUAUUUAAACACCCAAAUUCAUCAAAUGACAUGUUUUCUUGAUUUUCUAAGAACACACUUGUGCACAUUUGAACACAUAGUUAGUGUAUAUUUGCUCAAUUUAACAUACUGGGGAGUUUGUGUGCCAAAUAAAUGCCACAUUCUCUACAUUUUUCCCUGUAGAGGAUGUGUUAACUUAUUUUCACUUUGAAAACCUACAAAAUCAUUUGACCAGAUACAGCUAAGUCUUUUCUCAUCAUAACAUUGUGAUUGUAGUUCAUCUUGGGCUGCACCAAAUCCCAGCCCUGAGCAUCUGAUUGUACAAUCACCUGCUGAAAAAUAAACAAGAUAAUCUUCUUUAACCACAGUGUCAGAGCUUCAGCUUCAGAGAGAGAGAGUGUGUACAGUGCUCAUCAUGUAGCUCAAAAUGAGAGAAAAUACUGCUUUACCUCUGAAAAAUAUACCAUGUCUUCAAGAUCUCUCUCUCUUUAUCGGUCUUUGUGCGAAAAGACAUUAAAACUGCAAACCAAAGGUUGUAAAUUGUUGAGGGCUCAUGGAAACGUUUUUUCGCUCCUCCGCACCCUCCUGCUGUGCAGUACCACACCGGAUGCCUUGUCUUUAUAUGGGUUCUGAAUCUGCCCUUUCCAAAAGAAAUAAACAUAUUUUUUCAAAAAUGAA